AUGUCAAAUGAACGAACUGUCCUGCGCUGGUUCCGAUCAGCAGUGAUGAUGUUGUCGGUGAGUGCUUUCCUCACGAGCACCCCAGGAUUUGCAAGCCAGAUCAACGGGAUGCUCCUUGCAGCCAUUGCACUUCUGUGUGUGUUUUGGCCGUGGAGGCUCUUUUACCGCAGGCACAAGCUGGUGGAUUGGGAGCCUUCACGGUCAAUGAUGGUCAAGAAACCGCUUGGUAUUGGCCAACCUGCAACAGACCGUGCUAUGCCACAGGUGCUCGGGCUUUCGCUCGCAUCUGUUCUGGCUUCGGUCAUUGUGGUACACGCUGCUUUUAAAGAUGAAUGA